CUAACAACCUCGCUGACGACAAACGGUCUUGCCUUCCUGCCUUUUGCCCUUGCAGGUCACUCUGCUACCCGUGCUCCGCCUGUGAAUCGCUGUAUCAAACACCCACCGCCUGCCCCUCCUGCAUACAGCCGCAUGACGGGAAGACAAGACCCUCUCCACCUUCGAACCUGACCCUCUUCCUCCUCUGUCUUCAACUAAUCUCGGUACCGCAAUUCAGAGGCUGUUGUUCAACUUUACUUUUUAAGAUCGACUUUCUUCGAUCCAACACCAAUAUUUUCCGGGCUUGAGGCCCGUAGGCAGAGAUAACAGGCGGCUGACCUCGAGGUCCACCCACACCGGAACACGUCAAAGGGGAGAGAGUUUGCUUAUCGUGUAUGUCGAGACUUCAUGGCGGCGUCUGAUCUCAGUCCACCUUAUCAGUACAUUGCGAUGUCGGCUGGCCGAGGGCAGGGUGCAGACGUCUCUGGUCCGUGGCCUCCCGCUGUAUUGCCGGUACAACAGCGUCAACGAUGGCAUGAUUUAGAAGGGGCCUUUAGCCAACAAGCCGAUAGUGGCCUCUAUCCGAUUCCACAACAAUACAGAAACAGUCCAUAUCCUCAACCGAGCUACCCGCAGAGUCCGUACGCACCGUACACCGUACAUGGUGGACAUCCCAUGCAAAUGCACCCGCCAUCGACAUUACCCUUCUCAUCGCAUCAGCCAAGGCCUCCUCCGGCUAUACGAAGUGGUCAUGUGGAUGCACUUAUGCACCCAAACAGGUCUGGCUACGAAGGGUAUCCUGAAGCAGCCGCGAACUAUGGAUACUACCCAGGUCACCAGAGCUUUUUCAACGAUUCAGUGCCCCCACAAUCAAAUGUGCCAGUAAACAGCACAUCGGAUGGAUUUUUCGAAAUAAACCCAUCGAUGCAAGGAACGAGUGGUGGAGGAACCGAACAUCAGUUUUCUCAGACUCUUCCGUUGCAUCCUGGGCCCUACGGAAUAGACCAACCCCAAAGACCAGACCCCAGUCAACGGAGACUUGCUGAUCGCAAUGCUGGAACCCGUCACGUCGAGCAUACAGAAUCACGGAUACCUCGUAAUCUUACCACGCAGGCUCGUCGCCCGGACCGCAGCUCAUCUCCGCGCACCUCAACUCGUCGAAAUUUCAACAGGUACUCAGCAGAUCUAUCACAUUCUAGCACCUCCUCUGAUGUGGAAGAGGCCGCAGCUCGAUCGCCACCCUCUGAUCGCAUCAGGCAUCAAUCAAGGGAACGCCGGCUUCGUUUCUUCAGACAAGUCUACGAUCCCAACAUGACCACGGAGUGUCAGUUGCAUGCUCUGAAAGCAAAUAUGCCUAAAUUCCUCCUUGGUAAUCUGCCACAGGACGUGUCGCCGACUUGUGACAUUUGCGCGAAAGACUACGCUGCGAACCACGUACAUCCUUCGGAGGAGGAGGAGAUCGCUUUGAAGCUCCCUUGUGGUCACAUCUUUGGCGAAUUCUGCAUCGGCCAAUGGUUCGAUACCUGCAAAACACACAAGAACAAGGUGACGUGUCCCAUGUGUCGCAAGCAACUAAUCGAGUCUCCACGGUCGCCAUUCUCAACAGAUCGCCUUGAUGCAACGAUGUUCAACUCGACCGUAUAUUUGCAGGCCGCCCGCAACUCACAAUCAUUUCGGGACUUGCUGGCCAACGAGCUUCAGGCGCACUACGCGCGUGCGUGACGAGAAAGGGAGAGAGUGGCUGAGUGGAGAAUUCCUUAGAUCGAGAUUGCACGAGUUUUUAUGCGAGGUCUUCCAUGGACGAAUGCGGGUGGGUGUGUCAGUCAGUCACGCAGCAGGACGCCUGGUCUCG